UUAUGCUUGACAAUCAUUUGUCGUUCCAGGUUCAUCAAGAUAUGACUGCUCCAUUAUCCCAUUAUUUCAUAUAUACAGGCCACAAUUCUUAUCUGACUGGGAACCAACUUAGUAGCGAUUGCAGCGAUGUCCCAAUAAUUAAAGCACUGAAGAGAGGUGUAAGAGGAAUUGAGUUGGAUAUAUGGCCAAAUUCUAAGAAAGAUGAUGUGCUUGUUCUUCAUGGAAGGACCCUGACUACCCCCGUGUCACUCAUCCAAUGCUUGAGGUCCAUUAAAGAAUAUGCCUUUUCAACAUCCCCAUACCCUGUCAUUAUAACACUUGAAGACCACCUUACUCCAGAUCUUCGGGCUAAAGUAGCUGAGAUGGUCACUCAAACAUUUGGAGAAAUGCUGUUCUACCCUGAGUCGAACGUUUUAGUGGAAUUCCCCUCCCCAGAAGUAUUGAAACAUCGGAUUAUUCUUUCAACCAAGCCACCAAAAGAAUACCUUGAAUCUCAGAGAGAUCAGGACAAAGGAAAUAAAUCACGGAGAUAUCAGCACAAAGGAAACAAAUCUCAGAGAUAUCAGGACAAAGGAAAUAAAUCUCAGAGAUAUCAAGAAAAAGGAAAUAACUCACAAAAAAUAAAGGAUUUGUCUGAUGAAGAUUUAGGGAGGAAGGAGGUCUCAGACCCAACGGGUGAAUCUGAAUCCACUGAUGAUAAGAGUGACUGUGAUCCUCAAGAUGAUGAAGAGAUGGAUGAGAGUUAUUGUGAUUCACACCCGGUAGGAGCACCUGAAUACAAGUGUCUAAUUACUAUUCCUGCUGGGAAACCUAAGGGGGGUAUGAAAAUGGCACUAAAAGUGGAGCCCGAUAAAGUUAGACGUCUUAGUUUGAGUGAACAAGCACUUGAAAAUGCUACAGAAUCUCGUGGGACUGAAGUUGUGAGGUUCACCCAGAAGAAUAUUCUGAGGGUAUAUCCAAAGGGUACACGUGUUACCUCCUCAAAUUACAAGCCACUGUUAGGGUGGAUGCAUGGAGCUCAAAUGGUUGCAUUUAAUAUGCAGGGGUAUGGAAAAUCACUCUGGUUGAUGCAUGGUAUGUUCAGAUCUAAUGGAGGGUGUGGUUUUGUUAAAAAACCUGAUUUUCUGAUGAGGGUUGAUCCUCAUACUGGUGUUUUCGAUCCCAACGUAAAUUUGCCAGUUAAGAAAACUUUGAAGGUGAGAGUCUACAUGGGGAAUGGAUGGCGUUUGGAUUUCAGUCAAACGCAUUUCGAUACAUACUCCCCUCCAGACUUCUAUACAAGGGUUGGGAUAGCAGGAGUGCCAGCAGAUUCCAAGAUGAAGGAAACAAAGACAAAAGAGGAUGAGUGGAACCCUGUUUGGGAAGAAGAAUUUACUUUCCCACUGACAGUUCCGGAACUGGCUUUGCUUCGAAUUGAAGUAUACGAGCAUGACAUGCACGAUGAUGACUUUGGCGGGCAGAUGUGUCUUCCAGUUUCAGAGCUGAGGCCUGGCAUCCGGGCAGUCCCACUAUGUAACCGCAAGGGUGAGAAGUACAAGUCUGUGAAGCUUCUUGUGAAGUUUGAAUAUGUUUGAGAUUUUUUUUUUUUGGUGUAGAGUUGGUUGUAUUUCUUCCCAUAUAUUUUUUAGUUUAUUUGUUUUUAGGUUUGUGUUUUGCCAUUUAUAUAUACAGCUACUUGCCGACCCGUUUAGUUGGGAUAAGGCUGAGUUAUUGUUGUUGUUGUUGUUGUUGUAUACUAGGAUGGCUAAUUGAAAGCUUCUGGUUGUCUGCAAGUGGAUGACAGAAAUUGUUAGUAAAAAUGGGUAGAUGAUCUUGGUACA